CAGUGAGUGGGCGGGGCUGCUCCUGGUUGAUGAGUUACCGUGGUAGUCACUACCCAUAAUCCUAUGCGUUAUGCUGAUCCCACGGAAAUUCCGCCCCGCCCACUUCCGGUACACAGGGUGUGAGCUGCUGCCUUAUCCUCCAGGGUUACGCAAUAGUGAAGAAGACAUCCGGCGAGUGUGAGACACCGAGCAGCCAUCCCCGUGUGUCAGGAGGACUGCGCAGGACCCAGAGCCCCAUCACGGUGCCUCCACCUCACUCACUGACACAUUGACCAGAAGAUCCUGGAACUCCCUAACAAGAUCAUUAAGCUGCUGACUGGAGAGGAGGAGGAGUAUAUAGAGGAACACAGGGGUCUGUACAAGGACGUGAUGAUGGAGAAUCACCGGACCCUCACAUCUCUGGAUAAGAGGAGACUGUCAUGUAUUGUACAGGGGAGAGCAGAUGGGCCCAGUAACAGAGAUACCCCAGAGAGAUGUCCCCGUCCUCUGUAUUCCCAGGACUGUACAGAGGAGAAUCACAGGAUCCCACAGGAGGAUCAGGUAGAACGUCUGUCUAAUAUUAAAACAGAAGAUACAGAGGGAGAAGAAGAGACGUAUGUGACUGAUAUGAAGGCAGAAGAUAUAGAGGGAGAAGAAGAGACGUAUGUGACUGAUAUAAAGGAAGAAGAUAUAGAGGGAGAAGAAGAGACGUAUGUGACUGAUAUGAAGGCAGAAGAUAUAGCGGGAGAAGAAGAGACGUAUGUGACUGAUAUAAAGGCAGAAGAUAUAGAGGGAGAAGAAGAGACAUAUGUGACUGAUAUAAAGGCAGAAGAUAUAGCGGGAGAAGAAGAGAUGUAUGUGACUGAUAUAAAAGCAGAAGAUAUAGCGGGAGAAGAAGAGACGUAUGUGACUGAUAUAAAGGAAGAAGAUAUAGAGGGAGAAGAAGAGACGUAUGUGACUGAUAUGAAGGCAGAAGAUAUAGCGGGAGAAGAAGAGACGUAUGUGACUGAUAUGAAGGGAGAAGAAGAGACGUAUGUGAGGGGUGAUCAGCAGUGUAAGGAGGAGGAGAUCCCUACAGAUAUCAGCACAGAUGGACACACAAGCAGGAAUAUCUCUGAAGGACGUCUAAUGUUAUCCCCGGAUUGUGACAUAAAAGAUAAUGACAGUAGACAGGAUUCUCCAGGAGAUAACCCCAUUACCCCAAUUAUACAUCCAGCUCUAUCAUCUGAUCCCCCUGAUCCUGGGAAAUGUUCUCCUGAUCACUCUGAUAUUGGAGCAUUUGUUACAGCUCUGAGAGUAGAUACAGUGUUUCCCUGUUCUAUAGAUGCCAAAUGUUUUACACAGAACACAAAGCUUAUUACCCAUCAGCCAGCUAAGGCAGCUGAGAGGCAAUUUCCAUGUUCUGAGUGUGGAAAAUGUUUUACAUAUAAAUCAUAUCUUGUUAGACAUCAGAGACGUCACACAGGUGAGAGGCCAUUUCCAUGUUCUGACUGUGGAAAAUGUUUUACUUGGAAAUCAUGUCUUGUUACACAUCAGCAAAGUCACACAGGUGAGAAGCCAUUUCCAUGUUCUGAGUGUGGGAAAUGUUUUGGCCGGAAAUCACAACUUGUUAAACAUCAGAGAACUCACACAGGUGAGGGGCCAUUUCCAUGUUCUGACUGUGGAAAAUGUUUUACUUGGAAAUCAUGUCUUGUUAGACAUCAGCAAAGUCACACAGGUGAGAAGCCAUUUCCAUGUUCUGAGUGUGGGAAAUGUUUUGGCCGGAAAUCACAUCUUGUUAUACAUCAGAGAACUCACACAGGUGAGAGGCUAUUUCCAUGUUCUGAGUGUGGGAAAUGUUUUGCCCGGAAAUCACAUCUUGUUAUACAUCAGAGAAGUCACACAGGGGAGAAGCCAUUUCUAUGUUCUGAGUGUGGGAAAUGUUUUGCAGUCAAACCAGAGCUUGUUAGACAUCAGAGAAGUCACACAGGUGAGAAGCCGUUUCCAUGUUCUGAGUGUGGGAAAUGUUUUGCAGUCAAACCAGAGCUUGUUAGACAUCAGAGAAGUCACACAGGUGAGAAGCCGUUUCCAUGUUCUGAGUGUGGGAAAUGUUUUGCAGACAAAUCACAUCUUGUUAUACAUCAGAGAAGUCACACAGGUGAGAAGCCAUUUUCUUGCUCUGAGUGUGAGAAAUGUUUUUCACGGAAAUCACAUCUUGUUGAUCAUCAGCGAAGUCACACAGGUGAGAAGCCAUUUCCAUGUCCUGAGUGUGGGAAAUGUUUUGCAGACAAAUUACAACUUGUUAGCCAUCAGAGAAGUCACACAGGUGAGAAGCCAUUUUCUUGCUCUGAGUGUGAGAAAUGUUUUGCCCAGAAAUCACAACUUGUUAGACAUCAGCUAAGUCACACAGGUGAGAGGCCAUUUCCAUGUUCUGAGUGUGGGAAAUGUUUUACAUAUAAAUCAGAUCUUGUUAAACAUCAGAGAAGUCACACAGGUGAGAAGCCAUAUUCUUGCUCUGAGUGUGGGAAAUGUGUUACAUACAAAUCAGAUCUUGUUAUACAUCACAGAAGUCACACAGGUGAGAAGCCAUUUCCAUGUUCUGAGUGUGGGAAAUGUUUUGGCCGGAAAUCAGAUCUUGUUAUACAUCAGAGAACUCACACAGGACUGAAGCCAUUUCCAUGUUCUGAGUGUGGGAAAUGUUUUGCAUGGAAAUCACAUCUUGUUACACAUCAGAGAAGUCACACAGGUGCAAAGCCAUUUUCUUGCUCUGAGUGUGGGAAAUGUUUUACACAGAAAUCACAUCUUGUUAGACAUCAGCAAAGUCACACAGGUGAGAAUCCAUUUCCAUGCUGUGAGUGUGGGAAAUGUUUUGCACACAAAUCAGCUCUUGUUAUACAUCAGAGAAGUCACACAGGUGAGAAGCCUCUUUUUUGCUCUGAGUGUGGGAAAGGUUUUACACAGAAAUCACAACUUGUUAUACAUCAGAGAAGUCACACUGGUGAGAAUCCAUUUCCAUGCCCUGAAUGUGGAAAAUGUUUUGCACACAAAUCAGAUCUUAAUAGUCAUAACAGAAGUCACACAGGUGAGAAGCCAUUUCCAUGCCCUGAAUGUGGGAAAUGUUUUGCACACAAAUCAGAUCUUAAUAGUCAUAACAGAAGUCACACAGGUGAGAAUCCAAUUACUUGCUCUGAGUGUGGGAAAUGUUUUGCACACAAAUCACAUCUUGUUACACAUCUGAGAAGUCACACAGGUGAGAAGCCAUUUCCAUGUUCUGAGUGUGGGAAAUGUUUUGCACACAAAUCAGAUCUUGUUAAACAUCAGAGAAGUCACACAGGUGAGAAGCCUCUUUCUUGCUCUGAGUGUGGGAAAGGUUUUACACGGAAAUCACAACUUGUUAUACAUCAGAGAAGUCACACUGGUGAGAAUCUAUUUCCAUGCCCUGAAUGUGGGAAAUGUUUUGCACACAAAUCAGAUCUUAAUAGUCAUCACAGAAGUCACACAGGUGAGAAGCCAUUUCCAUGUUCUGAGUGUGGGAAAUGUUUUGCACGGAAAUCAGAUCUUGUUAAACAUCACAGAAGUCACACAGGUGAGAAGCCAUUUCUAUGUUCUGAGUGUGGGAAAUGUAUUGCACGGAAAUCACAACUUGUUACACAUCAGAGAAGUCACACAGGUGAGAAGCCAUUUUAAUCUUCUGGAGUAUACUUAUCAUUGCCAUGCAUUGUUUUUCAAGGUUCUUAUCCUAUCUCCUAUGCUUUUUGCAAUAUACAUGCUACAACUGGGUGAAAUAAUCAGAUGUCAUGCCCUCAUCUA